AUGGCUCGCACAUCCACAGUCGCUCUCCUCGCCCGCACGGCACGGGGCGCCCUUCUCGAGACACACGCGGCCCGGCCGCCGACCGUCGUCCUGCCCCUCCGCGCGCACAUGACCACCCAAUCGCACACGCUCGACGCCAGCAACACACCCGAGCCCCUCGUCCAGUCCGGCCAGCGCGUCUCGCGGGCCCUCAAGGACAAGGUCGCCUCGCACCCACUCUCGCCCAGCGCGCCCCGCCCCGCCGCCCCGGAGCGCCAGCCCACGCCCAACGCCCGCGUCCAUGUGGUGGCCAAGCAGCUCACGCCCUCGAUACGGCACCUCCUCCCGCUGCUGCACGCACAGCCCUCGCACUACAUGACCCUGCACAUCCACGGGCGGCCCUACCUCGUGACGGCAGGCGACACGCUGCGCCUGCCCUUCCUGAUGCCGCACGUCAAGCCCGGCGACGUCCUGCGCCUGAACCGCGCCACCCACAUUGGCUCGCGCGACUACACCCUCAAGGCCCCCGAGCCGCUCAAGGGCACCGCCGACCACGGCAAGAAGGUCUUCUACCUCGACGAGCGCCUCUUCACCGCCCGCGCCCGCGUUGUCGGCAUCGAGACGGAGCCCAUGCGCGUCGAGGAGAAGACGAAGCGCCGCCAGAGACACACCAAGCACGUCUUCAGCAAGAUGCGCUUCACCGUGCUGAAGAUCAGUCACUUGGAGGUGAGGAGCCUGGACGAGUAUGAGCGGGUGUUGAACCACAAGGAUGGCGAGGCCUGA